AGAAAGAGAGAGACGACACAUAAUAAGAGAGCUUUCUUCCUUUCUUCUCCUCUCUGUAAACAAUUCUAAUCAGGUUCUUCCAUUUCCAUUCAAUUUCUCCUUAUCACCAUUCAUAAAACGAUAAUUCAUGUGUCAAAAAUUAUAAUCACACUUAAUCUUAAUUGGAAACGGAUUGUGAUUGUUUAAGAAGAUAAAAGCUCAAUUAUUUCAAAGAUGCAGUUGGGAUUACAGAAAUUCUUCCUCUUGUCUAACAGAUGUAAUUUUUCUUUAUACGAAUACAACUUCUUAUUCUCUUCGAUCUAUGUUAAUCGAAAUGAAAAGAUCAAAAAAACAGAAUCACCAACUCUUCUUGUUUCUUCUUUUUAUUGGAUAAAACUGACUUUUUUUUCUUUUUUUCUUUUUUUGGGUUGGAUGAUGAUGAAAGUCGUGCAUAGGGGUUUGUUAUGAUCUUAUAUAAACUCAAAUCCCUAUUUUUUUUCUCUUCAAUUGUUUUAUUCCUUCGAAUAUUUACCUUAUUUUGUAGUAAAUUUAAAGAAUUUUGCGGAUGUUGGCUUCACGGAUUUCAGGUUUCAGAGUGGAAACUAGUUGAUCGACCAAAUCCAGGACUCUAUAGUUACUAAUAAUCUGCAGUUAGAAUUGUUCAUUCGACUUCCACUUUAGAGCAGUGCUCGAUGGAUGCCACGGCGAGUGGAACUCCAUCUAUUCAAUACCAUAACAUUGUGGUAGACCAAUCCAUUUCUACUCUUGUUGUGUCACCGUUCACACGUCAACAACGUCAUUGCUUUGGUGAUUCCAUUCCUGGAGAAUUUCCAUUAGCUGCUAACCCAUCCAUUGUUCUUCAUGUCUUAACUGGUUGUAAUUUGGACCCUCAAGAUCUUGCAAAACUCGAGGCAACAUGUUCAUUCUUCCGGGCGCCUGCAAACUUUGCCCCAGAUCAUGAACUGUCCAUAUCAGAGCUUGCUGCUCUUGAUAUGUGUCAGAAAAGAGCUAUAUUUAAGCCAAUGGCUGAUGAUGAACGUGAGGCUCUUAAACAAAGAUGCGGUGGAUCAUGGAAAUUGGUCUUGAGGUUUUUGUUAGCUGGGGAAGCUUGUGGCAGGAGAGAAAAGUCUCAAGCAAUAGCAGGUCCUGGUCACAGUAUUGCUGUGACUUCGAAAGGGUCUGUGUUUUCCUUCGGAUCAAACAGCUCAGGCCAGCUUGGGCAUGGCACUUUAGAAGAAGAAUGGCGGCCUCGUCAUAUCAGAUCCCUACAAGGAAUUCGGAUUAUCCAAGCUGCAGCUGGUGCCGGUAGGACAAUGCUGAUAAGUGAUGCUGGUCGAGUUUAUGCAUUUGGGAAGGACUCCUUUGGAGAGGCUGAGUAUGGAGGUCAAGGAUCCAAGCUUGUUACAACCCCACAGCCAGUGGAGUCCUUGAAGAACAUAUUUGUUGUUCAAGCUGCAAUUGGAAACUUCUUCACUGGUGUUCUUUCUAGGGAGGGAAGGGUGUAUACUUUUUCUUGGGGCAGUGAUGCUAAACUUGGUCAUCAAACUGAACCCAAUGAUCUGGAGCCUCAUCCUCUCUUAGGCCCCUUAGAGAACAUUCCGGUUGUUCAAAUAGCGGCUGGGUAUUGCUACCUUCUAGCUCUAACUUGCCAACCUGGCGGCAUGUCUGUGUACUCUGUUGGUUGUGGUCUUGGUGGAAAGCUUGGACAUGGUUCAAGAACUGAUGAAAGGUAUCCUAGGUUGAUUGAACAGUUUCAGACCUUGAAUCUUCAGCCUAUGGUAGUCGCAGCAGGUGCGUGGCAUGCUGCUGUGGUGGGACAGGAUGGUCGUGUUUGCACAUGGGGUUGGGGACGUUAUGGAUGUCUAGGACACGGGAAUGAAGAUUGUGAAUCAGUUCCAAAGGUGAUUGAAUCCUUGAGCAAUAUUAAAGCAGUUCAUGUUGCCACAGGGGACUACACUACCUUUGUGGUGUCGGAAGAUGGCGAUGUCUAUUCAUUUGGUUGUGGUGAAUCAUCCAGUCUUGGACAUAGUACUGGUGCUGAUGGACAGGGUAAUAGGCACACAAAUGUGUUAAACCCCGAGAUAGUAACUUCACUUAAGCAGGUGAAGGAGAGGGUUGUACAAGUCAGCCUCACAAAUUCGAUAUAUUGGAAUGCCCACACCUUCGCACUCACAGAAUCUAGCAAACUUUAUGCAUUUGGUGCGGGAGACAAAGGACAGCUCGGAGUAGAACUAGUCGCCAACCAAAGCGAAAGGGAAAACCCUGAACUGGUUGAAGUUGAUCUCAGUUAGUGAUCAGUGUGUUGGUUCCGUUGCUCACCAUCACUAGUAGCUUAACUAGUUGCAUUUGAUUUCUCACUUUGGUUUUAGUAGGUUUCCUUGUCUAUUUUGUACAUAAAACACUAAACAAAGGUUUAAUUAAUUAUCGAAGCUAGGAGCAGGGCCCAACCAAGAGCUGCUGAAGUUGUAGUGAUCAACCCUUAAAUAGUUAAGGGUUUGUAUAGGAAAAAAAGGGCAGUAGCUCUUGGAGACCUCGUGCAGUUUAUAGCUAGUAGAUACUCUGUUUAUAGCUCUUUUAACUUAUUUGCGGUUUUACCUUUAAUUUGAA